GGCAGGAGAAGGAGACCAAAGCGGGCAUACUGUACAUAGGUAGAGGGCAUAGAUUGUUGCCCUUCAUCAUUUCCGCACAGUUUCGUACUGUCGGUGUUCUCUUUUAUCGGCUUGUGCCAGGAAACACAUAUUUAUUUAUAUUUAUAUAUUGAGUUGCUGUGAAAAUGGCGCAGCCGGACAGCAAGAAGAUAUUUUUUGAGAACCUGUCGGGAGCGGGCAAAGCCAUUGCGGUGCUGACGAGCGGAGGGGAUGCUCAAGGAAUGAAUGGUGCUGUGCGUGCUGUGGUUCGAAUGGGGUUGUACGUGGGGGCAAAGGUUUAUUUCAUUCAUGAGGGAUAUCAGGGUAUGGUGGAUGGUGGGGAUAACAUAAAGGAAGCCACAUGGGAAAGUGUGUCCAGCAUGCUGCAGUUGGGAGGGACUGUUAUCGGCAGCGCUCGCUGCAAAGAGUUUCGCACUCACGAGGGGCGCCUGAAGGCUGCCCACAACCUGGUGCAGCACGGCAUCACCAACCUGUGUGUGAUCGGUGGAGACGGCAGUCUGACGGGAGCCAACCUCUUCAAGGAGGAAUGGAGCGGGCUGCUGAAUGAGUUGGUGGAACAAGGUUUGAUUGAGGCCGAUGCCGUCCAGAAGUACUCUGCCCUUCACAUUGUGGGGAUGGUCGGCUCUAUCGAUAACGACUUCUGUGGAACUGACAUGACAAUUGGCACUGACUCGGCUUUGCACAGAAUCAUCGAGGUGGUGGACGCAAUUAUGACAACUGCACAGAGUCACCAGAGGACAUUUGUUUUGGAGGUCAUGGGCAGACACUGUGGCUACCUGGCCCUGGUGAGCGGCCUGGCUUGCGGGGCAGACUGGGUGCUGAUCCCUGAAAUGCCUCCAGAGGAUGGCUGGGAGGAGAAGAUGUGUCAGAAACUAUCUGCGACCCGUUCCAGGGGAACAAGGCUGAACAUAAUCAUAGUUGCAGAGGGAGCCAUUGACAGGCACGGGAAGCCUAUAACCUCUAGUUUUGUCAAGGAUCUCGUGGUCAAGUGCUUGGGUUUCGACACACGAGUGACAAUUUUGGGACACGUGCAGAGAGGAGGAACCCCAUCUGCCUUUGACCGUAUCUUGGCCAGCCGCAUGGGUGUCGAGGCUGUUCUCGCGCUUCUGGAGACCACGGCCAACACGCCGGCCUGUGUGGUGUCUCUGUGUGGGAACACAUCGGUGCGCGUGCCUCUGAUGGAGUGUGUGCAGAUGACUCAAGAGGUCCAGAAAGCUAUGGACCAGAAACGCUUUGAGGAGGCCGUUAAGCUUCGGGGCAGGAGCUUUGAAAACAACCUGAAGACAUACAAACUGCUGGCUCAUCGUAAACCAGAAUCCGAGCUGCCGACUAGCAACUUCAAUGUGGCAGUGCUGAAUGUCGGGGCCCCUGCAGCGGGCAUGAAUGCUGCUGUCCGUUCAGCUGUAAGGGUGGGCAUCUCUGAGGGGCACAAGAUGUUUGCCGUCAGUGAUGGCUUUGAGGGAUUCUACAAAGGACAGAUUAAGGAGGUGAAAUGGGGUGAUGUUGGAGGUUGGACGGGACAGGGUGGCUCCCUGUUGGGGACAAAAAGAACACUUCCUGCAAAACACGUGGAGAAAAUUGCUGAGCAAAUGCGAAAGCACAAUAUAAAUGCUUUGCUGAUUAUCGGUGGAUUCGAGGCCUUCCUGUCACUGCUGGAAUUGUUAACGGCUCGUGGGAAAUAUGACGAGUUCUGUGUGCCCAUGGUCAUGGUCCCAGCCACUGUCUCCAACAAUGUGCCGGGCUCUGACCUCAGCAUUGGCGCUGACACGGCUCUGAACGCCAUCACUACUACCUGUGACCGCAUCAAGCAAUCAGCCAGUGGGACCAAGAGACGUGUGUUCAUUAUUGAGACUAUGGGAGGCUACUGUGGCUAUCUGGCCACGGUGGGGGGCCUGGCUUCAGGGGCCGAUGCUGCUUACAUCUACGAGGAGCCGUUUGACAUCAAAGAACUGCAGGCCAAUGUUGAACAUCUGACAGAGAAAAUGAAGACGAGCAUUCAGAGAGGUCUGGUCCUCAGGAAUGAGAACUGCAAUGAGAACUACACAACAGACUUCAUCUAUCAGCUGUACUCUGAAGAAGGCAGGGGGGUGUUUGACUGCAGGAAGAAUGUGCUGGGACACAUGCAGCAGGGAGGAGCGCCAUCUCCAUUUGACCGGAACUUUGGGACCAAGAUCUCAGCCAAGGCCAUGCAGUGGGUCUCCAAAAAGCUGGUUGAGACGUUCAGACAAGAUGAAGGCCGAGUGUUUGCUAACACCGAGGACUCCUGCUGUCUGCUGGGAAUGCGCCGCAGGACUCUGGUCUUCCAGCCUGUGGUCCAACUCAAGGAUGAGACUGACUUUGUUCACAGGAUCCCCAAGGAGCAGUGGUGGCUGAAGCUGCGUCCUUUGAUGAAGAUCUUGGCUAAGUACAAGACGAGCUACGACGUCUCCGACUCCGGACAGCUCGAGCACGUCGUACACAAUCGACCAAAAGACUCGGACGCUUCGGUGGCCAUGUGAAGGCCCGCGUUGUAUGACGGUCUGAGUUCAGUCUUUGUGUAUGAUGGAAAUUUUGUGAGGUGUCAGUCUUUGUGUUGUAAAUGAGCUCCUGUUACAACAUGAACACUUUUUUUUCUGGCCACAUGCUGUGUUCAUGGUCUGUUACUGUCAUUCCUUUUAGUGGCGCUCCUCUCAGUUUUGUUUUAAAAAAACUCACCAACUGUAGUCUAGCCUCUCUCCUCUUCUUAUCAAAUGCACACACACACAGCUGUCCUGCCAUGCAUCUGUGUGUCCUCGUCGCCCUGGAUCUUUUUAGUGUUUUUAAAUUGCACUUUCUGUGUCUUGAGUUGCUUCGACAUUCUCUGACUGCAGAGCUGCAGAGUAGGCACUUUAUCUGCAGCACAAACCAGUGCGUAUCUUCUUAGAACGAGUGUGAGGUUAAGCAUAUUUAUAUGAGACUGAUGCAAUAUAGUUUUGCUGCAAGCCAAGAGAACUCCAUUCUGUGCUUUAACAAGGAAACUAAUAUUUAUCUUUUAAAAAUUAUUUUUGCUUGUAAAUGUGGAUAUAUUAAAAAUGUAGGCACUGCUGUACUGAGUAGCUGUCUGUUAUAUUGCACCAACAGAGUUAGAUGUAUAUGAGACCCACAGAAUAAAAUCAUACUUGAGAUGUGCCUGA